CGCGCGGAACCAGGAACCGCUAGUACAAGCUGAUCGGGGCUCAGAAUGAGCUGGAGUUUCUUAACCCGUCUCCUUGAGGAGAUCAACAACCACUCAACGUUCGUUGGGAAGAUCUGGCUGACGGUGCUCAUCAUAUUCCGAAUCGUCCUGACCGCUGUUGGUGGGGAGUCUAUAUAUUAUGAUGAACAGAGUAAAUUCACUUGCAACACACAUCAACCCGGUUGUGAGAAUGUCUGCUACGAUGCAUUUGCACCCCUGUCACAUGUUCGAUUCUGGGUCUUCCAGAUUAUUCUCAUCACCACCCCAUCCAUUAUGUAUCUGGGGUUCGCCAUGCAUCGAAUUGCACGCCAGCCAGAUGAACAGAUUAGACGCCUGGAGAAAACAAAAAGCAAAAAGCGUGCUCCGAUAAUUCAUCGGGGAGCCAUGAGAGACUAUGAAGAGGCUGAAGAUAAUCAAGAGGAAGACCCCAUGAUCUGUGAAGAAGAGGAACCCGAAAAAGACAGCGAGAAAGGAGACAAAAAGAAACACGAUGGCCGCCGGCGAAUCAAACAAGAUGGCUUAAUGAAAGUCUAUGUGCUGCAACUGCUGUUCCGUUCAGUGUUUGAAGUUGGCUUCCUGAUGGGCCAGUAUGUAUUGUAUGGGUUUGAGGUCAUUCCCUUCUUCGUGUGCUCCCGCAACCCGUGCCCUCAUACUGUUGAUUGCUUUGUGUCACGUCCUACUGAGAAGACCAUCUUUCUGCUGAUCAUGUAUGCCGUCAGCGCUCUCUGCCUGUUCCUCAACCUGUGUGAGCUCUUCCAUCUAGGCAUAGGGGGUAUCCGAGAUGCCCUCCGGCAGAAGAGAAAAGAAAUUCAGGAAUCCCGUAAAAAGAAACCCAGUGCCCCUCCUAAUUACCACUCAGUACUGAAGAAAGGCAAACUACCCAACGGCAAACCAGUUUUUCCAGGAAAUGGAGUGUCCGAAGGUUUUGAGAUGCCAGUACAUGAGCUAGACAGGUUGCGGCAGCACCUCAAGUUGGCUCAAGAGCAUCUUGACUUGGCUUUCCACCUGAAUCCAUCAGCUGAUAUUGCCCAUGCAUCCCGAAGCAGUAGCCCUGAAGCCAACAGCAUUGCUGCAGAACAGAAUCGACUGAACCUUGCACAAGAGAAGGGAGUGGGAAGCCGUGAAAAAUCUGGUUUGUGAUCAUCAACGGGUGGGCUGACUGGGGGGAUGGAAUGUCUUGUUGUUCAACUGGAAUCAAGUUACUAAAAGGUUCUUGACCCUCUCCUGGCAGGGGGGGAAACGCGGAGGGCGAAAGGAAGUGAAGAAAAUGGAACUAUUUCUUUUGGGGGGGGGGUGUUGGGGGAUGGGUCAGAGGUUUGAAUGCACCUCUGUGUUUGAUGAACUGACUGCCAUCGGCCCUCACAAACAGAGAUCAUGUUCUUUGUCCCAUGCCAAGUGCUGCCAAUGCCGGGCGAGGUUUAAUACCACUGGUUUACGUAGGUUUCAGGCUGUUCUACCCUCUGGUUAUAGGGUGAGAGCCCAUUUCAGCCUACAAAUAUUUUUAUUUCAUAUUUUUGUGUCCUGGAAGGUGCUGCAAACACUUGUAUUGUGCUGCAGACUGCAAUACCGCAAGUGUUGGAAUAGUUCAGCUAGCUCAGAGUUGGACAACCCUGUGGGUGUAGUUUGCCAGACCCUGUGCCAGCUUACUUUCAAGGCUAUUCUUUUAUACGAUACCUAGCAUUAAACUAAAGGGAUAUCUUUCCUUUCUAUUUUAUAUUUUUUAGAUGUAGUUGAAUUCCAUAUGACUAUGCUGCGGUACUCGGAGCCCAUUAGUGCUAGCACACCUUCCCUCUGACUGCAUUUGUUUUGGAGGUAGGGUUGCCACCUGGCCGGUAUUUUACUGGCCUGGCCGGUAAAAAUUAUAGUUGAUCCCAAUGUUAUUAAUAGGGAAAAAAGAUGAAUAUAAAGGAAGGCCGGUAUUUUUUCCAGAAAAGGUGGCAACCCUAUUUGGGGGGGAUUCUUAGGAAAUAAGCUUUAUACAUUCCUGGGUUCUGUUAAAGUGCUGACCCUCCCUGCUGUCUGUCUGUUGAACUACAAGUCCCAGCAUCUGCUGACAGGCUGAGGGUUCUCAUUCAGAAGCAGCUGGAGAGUGGAAUUCCCUGUUAGUAUUUUUUAAUGUCUUUUUGAAAUUUGACAGAUUUUGGAGGAAAGCUUGAGAGUUGGCAGCAGUGCUGGAGGAUGGGGUUGUGCCAAAUACACAUAAUUAGGGGAAGGGGAGGCUAAUUUUACCAUCUUCCUCCCCUGAUUUUUUGAAAGCUUUAAACAUUCCAGAGGCACUCCUUCUGCAAACACUUUUGUACAUGGAGUGGUCCAGCUGCUUCAGGGUAACCUGCACAUUCCAUCAGUCACCACCACUAGCUCCUUCACAAAUUCCAAAAAAAUAACCUCACAUGUCUAGGAGCAGGGGUGAGGGGGCUACUGUGUAUACAGAAGUGAACAGCUGUUAAUAUACUUAAAUUAACCCACUGGUUGCUGGUCUCUUGUCCAAGAAAAACUAGUUGCAUUACUGACAUUUUCAUAACAUUCUUACAACUGGAACCAUAUAAACUGCUCUUUCCCGCUAGGAGGCUGUACCUGAUCUCAAGCACCAAAGCAUUCUCUCCAGGAAGUUGGUACAGCAAAGGAAAAUGAGUCCCUAGUGAACUCCCUGUACUUGCAAAUAGCCGUCUGUCCUGUUCCCUUAUGUGCCAAUGAAGGGAGGAUAAAUCAUGUUGCAGAGGAAGUUCUCUUCAUUAUCUGGUGCCGCACAACUUUACCUUUUAUUUUAAUUUUAAUGUGAAUUUUUUGUUUUUAGAAUUCAUUGCAUUAUUUAAAGUGUUGGACAAGUUGUCUUCUAUCCUCAUAAGCUGCCACAGGCCAUUUAGUCACCUUUCAAUGGAAAAGUAGCAGCAGCAGAAGCAGGUAAAUGUCACCAAUCUCUUUGCACUAAGGUCGAAGACAAAGGACGCUAGCACGGCACACCAAUAACAUUCUUCUGACAACUAUAAGUGUGUCAUUCAGGGAUUCACAGACUCCAUGGCAAGAAGCAAUUUGACGUGGUGUGUUUUGACGGCCCUGCCUUUCCGUAGAAAAAUGAUGCAGCCCUUCGGAUUUAGUUUCCAUGAUAACAGUGUGCCCUUUCAUAGGAAGCCAUUUUCCCCUUAUAUUUGCUCUUUAUCUAUGCUGGAGACGCUUGAAAUUUUACAGACCUCUCAUAGCCUCAUCUCUUUAUAUGAUAGAUUUUUGUCUUAAUUGGGGGAGGGGGGGUUUAUGUAUGACUUUGUUUUUUUGAAGACUUUUUGGUACUGGAAAAAUUAUUUUGUUUUUUAUACGAAGUUAUUAUUAAAAAAAAA